UUAUUCAGACUCAAUCUCUAUUUUCAAGGCAUGCCAGUCGCGGGCCGAGGUAGAGGAAAGUUCGUCCCAGCUAAGGGAAAAGGAAAACUCUUCGCUGGCGGUGUUGGAAACAUCACUACUCGCGACGCUCCUCCUGCUAACAACAAUAAUAACGGUUUCGGAAACGGAAACGCAGGCGGAGGAUGGGGCAAUAGCAACAGUGCUGCGCCAUCUACUGAUGCCUGGGGCAAUGUUCACAACGAUUCUAACACUGACAGAUUUGCCGACUCCGGUAAAGAAGUCGAACUUCAGUUCAAUGUUUAUAAUUCUAAUUUAGCUAGGAUAAUUGGUAAAGGGGGCUCAAACAUUCAAGACAUUAUGGCUCAAUCUUCAGCGAGUAUCGAUAUCAAUAAGCGCGAUUCUGAUGGCAAUAUAACACCUGUAGUGAUAAAGGGUUCUCAACUUAAUUGUGAUCAUGCUAAGAAAAUGAUCGAUGAGAUUUGUACUAAAUUCAAUGGUCUAUGCGAGGGCGCUGGAGGCACUACAUCUAGCGGUGGUGGUGGCGGUUUUGGAGGCAUGGCAAGCAGUGGAGAUGAUGGUCCAAGAGAAGAUGAGGAUAUCUGGAUACCUGAAGACAAAUGUGGUCGUGUUAUUGGCCGGGGAGGCUCUAAAAUCCAGGAGAUACAAGAUGAAAGUGGUUCAAAUGUUAAGGUUCAUGGCCGAGAAACAGCAGAAGACGGAAAAGUCAUGGUAACUUUAUCAGGAAGCCCUGCGCAACGUGCUAAAGCAAAAGAAAUUAUUGAGAAGUGUACUGCCGACCGCGGUGGUGGUGGUGGUGGCGGUGGCGGGUUCAACAUGCCUGCUGAUGCUGAACCACUCGAAAUGUGGGUCGAGAGUUGUCGACUGGGCAGAGUGGUCGGAAAAGGUGGUAGUAAAAUAAGGGAAAUUCAAGAUCAGUUCAGUGUUCGGGUAGACAUACAAAAAGACCAGAUGAAAGAUGAUGAUACGAUGGUAAUACUAACAGGGUCACCAUCUAGUACUCAGCAAGCAAAGGAUUACAUCGAUGAACUGUGUGAGAGGAGUUCUAAACCUGAUUUUGAUUCAGGUGGUGGUGGAGGAGGAGGAGGAGGGGACUCGUGGGGACAGACAAACACUGGGAGCACUGAUGCAGGCUGGGGCCAAACCACUUCAAAUACGGAAUCAGGAGGCCUGGGGUGCACCAGCAGCGCCUGCUCCAGCUGCUGGUGGAGGUGAUGGCUGGGGACAAGUUUCAGGGGACCCGGCUUGGUGAAACAAUUUCUUUAUUUACCCUGUUUGUUAAUCGUUAUCUUCUAAAGCACGUUCUAAGGGUUCGCUAAGAACACCAAGCGUUAAGACUGAACCUGCGAUUCAGCCCCUCUAAUUUAUUCAGAAUAUGCAUUGUUUGAUGAAAUACGUUUUUUAUUGUUUUUUUUUUAGUUUCCUUCCCCUUGAUUGAUCAACCAUUGUUAACAGAUCGUAGUUGUGUUUUUACAACUGAACUGUCACGUGAAGUGUGAAUUGUCAUUUCAAACAAGUUAUUUAUAAUAUAACUUAAAAGAGUUAUAAGUUAAAUAUUUUAACAUUUUUGGAUAAAAAGUGGUAGUCGAUUUUUAAAUAUUUUUAAUCUUUAAAUCGGAAUAAGGUGAUUGGUUUCUUCAAUCAUAUGUCUUGGUCUUUGUGGAUUGAAAUGGGGAUUUAUGAAUUUAUCUCGCCUGAAACAGUUGUGUAACGAAGAGUAAAGAAUAUUGUCUAUGUCCAUUCUUAUUUGAACUCUUCGAUCGAAAGCUUGAUUUAUAGUGUAAAAGAAUCUAUGCAUGUAUGUUAUUACCAAAAUUAUUUCAAUCAAAUUUUAAUUCAAUACUUUUUAAUUACAAAA